CGUCAGUGUGAGGGAGUGGACGCGCUGAGGGUAGAAGAAGCGCAGUGAACACGCCCGCUCUCAUGGACUGAAAUCUGCUGUAGUCACUUCACGCCAAAAGGGCCUGACCUACAGUCUUUUUGAUCAGCGACUCAGAAUGUCCGAAGCGCACGACUUUAGCGCCUCCGGCCAUUGACUUCCAUUCAAGUCUCGUUCACGAUUUCCGAAGGGAACGCACAGGCUUUCCCCUACACACCUUUACCUACGCGCCGCACAGGGUCCCAUAAGGGAAACAAUUGAGAAGACAUAUUGAUGAGGAAAGAUCUCGCCAUGACGGAACAGAAGAGGAACAUUUACAUUUUGGUGGACGUCCUUUGUGUGGUUGUGGCGGCAAUGCCCUUCAUUAUCAUGACCAUCGUGUUCCGGCCAUACCAGAGGGGCAUCUACUGCGAUGAUGAGAGUAUCCGCUACCCCUACAAAAGUGACACCAUCUCCCAUGGCAUGAUGGCCGCCAUCACCAUCUCCUGCUCAAUUAUCAUUAUCAUGUCUGGUGAGGCCUGUCUGGUCUACACCAAGCAGCUGCACUCCAACUCUGGCUUCAACCAGUACGUGUCAGCACUCUACAAGGUAGUGGGCACCUUCCUGUUUGGCGCCUGCGUCAGCCAAUCCCUGACUGAUCUGGCCAAAUUCACCAUUGGCCGGCCACGGCCCAACUUCCUGGCCGUGUGCGCGCCCAUUUCUUGUACGGGCUACGUGCUAAAUAUCAACUGCACUGGGAACUACCGCAAUGUCACCGAGUCUAGGUUGUCUUUCUACUCUGGACACUCUUCCUUCGGCAUGUAUAGCAUGCUCUUCCUUGCAUUGUACGUCCAGGCCCGCUUGGUGGCCAAGUGGGCUCGGCUUCUGCGUCCCACAAUCCAGUUCUUCCUGGUGGCCUUUGCCGUCUACGUGGGUUACACGCGCGUCUCUGACUACAAGCACCACUGGAGCGACGUGCUGGUGGGGCUCCUGCAGGGGGCGCUCAUCGCCGUCCUCAAUGUUCGUUACGUGUCAGACUUCUUUAAGAUCCGCCCACCCCUCUGUGUGCGAUCGGACUCUGGAGAAAGUGAGGAUCUGGAGAGGAAGCCCAGACUGCAGAUUGCUGAGACCGACCGGGCCAACAACCACUACAGCUACCCAGGACCUGUGUGAAGCCUUCACGCACACACACACACAUUAUACGUUUCCUCACAUGCACAUAUUUUAAUAUUUCUUAUGCACAUUAUACACAUAUUGUCAUAUUGCUUUUCACACAUACACACACACACACACACACACAUUUACACGCACACACACCUUCUAAUCAAGUACAGACACAUACAUGGACAGUCACCUGGCUAUUACCCCAUUGUGUGCGUGUGUGUGUGUGUUUGUGUACUUUGUUUUUUUGUGUUUGUGAGUGACCAUGUGUGUACAAAUGUACAAGAGUGUGAAUGGUGAACAAGCAACACUUUUAUUGUUCAUCAUAAGGCUGACUGCUGUAUGCAAAUAGCAGGUCUCUCAGUAGCUCAGUAAGUGGCCUCUUCCCACUGCGUUGCUGAUGUUCUUCAAGGUCAGAGGUCAUUGUAAGCAAGGGACCAACAGACUACGAUGGCAAAAUUUCUGGAUUUCAAGAGGGCAGGAUGCGAAAAGGCUUUUUUUUUUUACCCAUAGCCAUGUUCACAGUGCCUUCAUGGUUUGUUUUGAAAUUGUUUGUAGUUUUAAUAGUUGCUGGGUAGUAGUUGAGCCUGCUGUUGUGGAUUAUUAUUUUGUUGUUUUUUGUAGAACGGUCUCUAUAUGCCUGUUUUAUACUAUUACCCUGUAUUUUAGUGCCACAUUUAAGUCUUAUUAAUUUGUACUUAACACUGUGCUUUGGCACUCAUGCUAACUCAUUAUGAGUGCACCAUUAACAUAAAGAAGCAGUGCUGUAUUGAUAGCCUGGAUAUAUUAGCUAAUGGCUGCAGAGCUAAGCUUGAUUAGUUCUGUUUGAUCUGAGCUGAAAUAUCAAAACAUGAACACAUUGGACCAGUGUCGGAGCUGAGCUAGAACUGAGCCGGACUCACAUCGGGUCGAGUGAUACUUUUGUGUUUGGUGUGUGCGAGUUGUGUGUGAGGUGUGUGUGUGUGUGUGUGUGUGUGUGUGUAUGUAAGAACCAUUGCUCUGGAGAGCAUGUGCAUUUCCUUAGAGCACAAACUACUGUCUGCCAUUUAGAUGUGAAACAAAGUAUGUAAACUCACACAGUUAAAUUUGUUCUCAAUUAGUGUGUGUGUAUGUGUGUCAAACACUUAAUAACACAUUCGUUGGACAAUAUUAUAAACUUGUACAACAGCACCUGGGCUGUUCUAAGAAACACUCCAGGUUUUUGGAGAAGUUAUACGAAUAGAUUGCCACCUUGUUUUAACAGUGCGUGUUCUUAUUCUCAUUCCGUAACCGAUGGAGCCCUGACUGUUGUUGCUGGUCCAUUAGAUGAAUUGUUUGGACAGCAAGACUGCAUUUACACUUCCUGUCUGUUUUGGACAGCAAGACUGCGCUUACUCUUCCUGUCUGUAUAACUAUGUUUUGUAUCUUCACCAGUCUUUGUCUAGACGCCCAUGUUAUAUUUUCUGUACACACCUGUGAGGCAUAUUUAUACUGAUAGCAACUGCACCCCAUAUUCAGUCAAGCUGUAUUUUAUGUCAUUUUUCUCAGUACUCAUUCUACACUGUAUGUAUGUUUGUUUGUUUGUUUGUACCAAUCAUAUAGACCUGAAUGUUUUUCACGUAAAAGAUGCUAAGCCACAGAAA